AUGCCUGACGAUGGCGAGCACCAGGCGUCGGUGGCCACGACCAGCACAGCCGGCCCGGUGAUCACCUCCUCGCACACGGCCCUGACGGCCUCCUCGACGACCGCGGUCAUGGGCCCGGCAUCUGGGGACACCUUGUCCGGGCCCUCGGACCCGGGCCUUCGCGCGGCCGAUGUGGAGGACCUGCUCCGGCGCUUUGGCGAUGGCACGCACCCGGAGGUGGACCUGUCCCCGGCACCGACCGGGCACAGCCCCCAAGUACUUGACCUUUUCCUGGCCCUCCGCCGGCGGCAAAUGUUGGCGGAUUUGCUGGAGGCCCAUGCGCGGGCGCCGCCGGCCGAGCCGGCUCCCGCGCCGGCCCCCCCGCCGAGGGCCUCGCCGGCCGCCCCGCGGGUGACGUUCCUGUCGCCGGGGCUCCUGCUUCUGGGGCCGGCGGCGGCCGGUGCGGGGCUUGUGCCGGGCGCCGGGGCCAGCCUCGGCCCGGGGCCCGGCCCCGGCGCCCUGGUCCUCUGGCUGUCGACCCUGUGCGUGGCGCUGGUGCUGGUAUUCACGGUGGCGGUCUUCCGACUGACGGCCCUGGGCGGGGUGCCGGCCGCGGCGUCGCGGUGGCCCGGAGCCACGGCCGCCGGGCCCGGCGCCCCGGCCCCCGGCCAGGCCCCCGGGCCGGCCGACCCCCUCGGCUCGCUGAUGGCCGAGGCCGGGCUCGGCGACCCGACGGCCGAUCCCUCCUGGCUGAGCUCCAUCCUGUCGGUGCUGCUGCGCUUGGCGCUCUUUUGGCUGCUGGGCGAGGGCCAGCCCCGGCCGGUGGACAUCCGGGCGCGGCUGUGCACGGAUGGCGUGACCCUGCGGGCCCCGGCGCGCGGGUGGCACCGCCAGGCCGACCCGGCCGCCUGGCCGUCGGACGCGUCGCAGGAGCACCCGGGCGAGCGCCACCUGCCGGGCUUCGGGCUGGAGCUCUUCGUGUCCGGGGCCGCCCUGCGCAGCGACCUGCUGUGGGACCUGGCGCAGUUGCCCUUUCUCUUUGAGGCGGAGGACUCGGCCGCCGACAUGGACCCGGGCCAGGUGUACGAGGACCAGGCGGACACCGGCCUGCUGGGGGCCCAUGCCUUUGUGCGGCUCUUCCCGCCGCGCAUCGAUGUGGCCAUCCGCGAAGUCCGGGCCGCGGUCCGGUAUGACCCGCGCCUCGGGGCCGCGCGGCAGGUGCUCGUCCGGCAGAGCCAGCUCCUGCUCUUCGAGCGCGGCCUGCGGUCGAUCUUCCGCCGGGGGGUCAGCCCGCUGCAGUGGCUGAAUUUGGCCCGCGGCUCGGUCGAUGGGAAGCUGCUCUUCGACCUGGACGAGGUGCCCGGCGUGGACCUGGCCCCGGCGGCCGGCAUGGUCCCCACCGGCAAGGGCGAGACCGGCAUGCUGGGGGUGGUCCGCUGGGCGCUGGACUGGCUGGUGCCCCGGCUCCAUGUCACCUGCCGCGAUGUGGAGAUCUUCCUGGUGGAUGCGUCGAUGGCGGCGGCCGGCCCGGCGCCGGGGCGCUACACCCCGGCCUUCCGCCGGAGCGCGCACCACCACCCGCCCGGGCCCGGGGUGGCCUACCCGGGGUCCGGCUCGCCGGCCGGCGACAUGCCCGAGCCCGGGCCAUCGGUGCAUGGGCCCGGGCGCGGGGGGCCGCGCCGGCGCGCCGCCACGCAGCAGAUCCUGCGCCGGGUCCGGGGCGAUGUCACCUGCGUGGCCCUGGUGGCCCGGCAUGUGGAGCUGGAGCGUCUGGCCGACACCGACACCUAUGCCCGGCUGCAUGGGCGCGGUGAGCUGUCCGACGAGGAGGACGACCAUGACGAGGAGGAGGAUACCGGCGCCGAGCAGGAUGGCGGCCCGUCGGGGGGGGCCGACGGGCCGGCCGGGCCCGAGGCGCGGCCCGAGGCGCGGCCCGACGCGUCGGCCGGCCGCCCGGAGGCCCACAUCCUGGCCGCCAUGGGCGACCUGCUGGGGGGGCGGCCCGGGCCGGCCGGCGACGAGGGGCCCGACCCGGCCGGCCCGGGCCUCGGCGGUGGCCUGGCCGGGCUGCUGGGCGCCGAUGUGGGCGCCCUGCUGGGCGGCCCGGUGGCGGCCAUGCUCAGCCUCCCGGGGCAGGGGCUCAGCCAAUUCUGGGACAGCGAGUGGGCCACCGGCAUCAAGGACGUGUGGGACUUCGUGCAGCCCUGGGUGGCCAGCCGGACGACGCCGAUCGUCAUCGACAUUCCGCUGACCGCGCGCCGGGGUGUCAGCAUCCAUGCCAAUGUGCUGCCGCUGCGGGAGCUCCUUGGCCGGGACACCGCCGGCCUGGUCCCGCAGUGGCGGUGGUGGGAGCGUCUGGCCGGGCCGGCGCAUGGUCAUGGCGGGGGCGCCGGGCGCGAUGCCCCGGCGGCCCGGGGCCCGGGCAUGCCGGCGGCGCCCGGCCAGGGCCUGGCCGCGGCGGCCACCGCGACCGCGGCGGCCACCAGCGACCCGCUGGCCCUGCUGUCCUCUCUGAGCCGGGUUUCCCGGCGCCGGGAUCUGCUGGCAAGGUCGCUGCUGCCGCGAGCGGUGGACCUGCGCCGCGAGCUCCUCGGGACCCUGCCCGGGGGGCUGUCGGCGGCCGAGGCGCCGGAGCCGGGCCCGGGCCCGGACAGCCUGCCGGCCGGGACCCUGCGCCCGGAGCGCCUCGGCCCGCACUGCCUGGUGCAGGCCGCCGGCCAGGCAUACUGUCGGCUGAUGUUCCGCUUCCCCCUGGUCCGGGGGGCGUUGCGGCCCAGCGGCGACAUGGACCCGGUGGUGGAUGUGGGGCUGGUGCUGCCGCGGGUGGCGGCCCGGCUCAGCCGCCGGCAGGUGUACGCCAUGAACCGGCUCUUCCUGCCGGGGCUGCCCCGGCCGUACUUCGGGGAUGCCCUGCCGAAGCGCGUGCUCGAGGCCACCCUGGCGCCGGUGGGCUGGCCCCCGCGCCAGGUGGCUGUCGAAACGACCACCGGCAUCGGGCCGCCCCGACCGGCGGCCAUGUCCCUGGCGGCCGGGCCGGCGGGGGGCGCCGCCCCGCCGGGCGAUGUGCCGGCGGCCGGCCUGGCCCCCGGCGACAGGACCCCCCCGGCCGCGCCGGCGGCCGAGGCCCCGGCCGAGGACUACUACAGCCUGGCCACGGUCAUCGGGGCCAACAACCGCGAUGAAUUCCUGCUAUACAUGUCGGAGGUGAGCCGGCACCCGGGCUACGAGGAGGAGGAGGAGGAGGAGGAGCCGCCGGCCGGGCUGGCCGCCGAGCAGCCGGGCCCGGCCCCCUCGGCCGGGCACGAGCCGGCCUCCUCGCGCAGCACGCUGGCCGAACGCCGCGGGCUGAGCCUCGCCGCGGGCGACCUGGAGAUCACCCCCCCCGGGGGGGAGGCCCGGAGCCGGGCCUCGCCGGCCAGCCCGGACCGGCGCCGGCGCCGGCGGUCCCUGCUGCAGGCCUUCGCCUCGCCGGGGCCGCCGGCGGCCGGGCCGCGCAAGGACCCGACCACCGGCCAGCCGCCCGAGUCGCCGAUGUCCCGGCUGCAGCGUCGGCUGCAGCAAAUUGGCUGGCGCUCGGCGGCCAAGUCGACCACCGGCGCGGAGCCCGGCCCGGCGGCCGGCCCGGUCCCCGGGACCGCCACCCCGCCGCCGGUGGCCGACCCGGGCCCCGGCAGCCAGACUCCCCCCCAGGGGGCGGCGGCGGCGGCGGCGGCGGCCGCGGGGACUGCCUCGGCCGGCGGCCCCUCCGGCCGGAUCACCCCGCUGUCCGAGUCGGCCUCCGGGACCCUGAGCUCCGGGCCGGGGGACUUGGCGGCCCCCGGUGCUCGGGCCGACCCGACCUUCCUGUGGCAGCUCCUGGCUUCGCGGUAUACGCCGGCGGCCGGGGAGGCGGCGGCCCGGGUGGCCCGGGCCGUGGACCACACCCCGGGCGGGGUGGAGUCCGGGACCCGGACCCCGCCGGCGCCCGGCCGGCCGGCCGCCGGCCCGCCCGUCCCGCCGGUCAUGGCCCCGGUGGAUGUCGAGCCGGAGCCCCGGCCGCGCGAGGGGUUCGCCUGGUCGCCGUGGGCCCUGUCCCGGCGCCGGGCCCUGCGCCUGCGCUAUGUCCGCCUCUACGCCACCCUGACCUUCCAACGGGUGCCGACCAUGACGGUGAAUGUCUUCCGGCCAGCGGUCCCGGUGCCGGGCAAGACCCUGGAGGAGGAGCUGGGCCUGCUGGAGCUGGAGCUCAGCCAGGGCGACGUCAUCCUCUUCCGACUGUGGGCCCUGUAUCGCAUGCUGACGGCCAUGCUGUACCGGGAGAUGCCGGGCACCGAGGCCGGCAACUUCCGGCCCAUCUUCGGCAUGGCCUCGCACAGCCCCGGCACGGCCACCCUCUCGGUGCAGGCCGUGCGGGCGGAGCUGGCCCGACGCCCGGCCGGCGACCCGAUGGCCGCGGUGGCCGCCAUGCGCGAGCACGUGCGCGCCUGGCUGGCCGAGUGCGCCGAUGGGGCCCUCCCGGCCGAUGGGUCCGCCCCGCCGGAGCACCUGCCCCACUCCGGCAACAGCCCCCUGGCCCUGACCUAUGGCGGCGGGGGGGGCGUCAUCCCGCGGCGCUUCCGCUUCGAUGGGUUCCUGGCCGCGCGCAUCGAGGUGGUGGCUGCCGGCUUUGUGCCCGGCCGCGAGUACAUCCCCGGCGAGGAGUCCUGGGCCCGGCGCCAUGCCGGGUCGUGCAUCGUGCGCGAUUCCCCGACCCGUGGCUUGCUCCAAGCGCCCGCCGGGCCGACGGCUGCCGGGCCCGCGGCCGCGCCCUGGGGCGUGGUCGAGCUGCUCGGCCGGUCGGCCAAGUACCCGGCCAUGACCAUCCGCACGGUGGAUGUCCGUCUGUCGGUGGUCAUCCGGAAUUCCGGCAUCGUCAUCAGUGCCUCGUGCGAGCAGGCCGGCCUGGCGGCCAGGAUCUCCGCGGACCAGCGCGAGCCGGUGCCCUUCUUCGUGGUGGGCGGCCGCCAGCCCGGCGAGGAUAUGUCUCGCUUGACGGGGACCCCGCCGCCGGGGGCGGCUCGCGUGGGCAGCGGCAGCGGCACCCUGCCCGGGGCCGCCGGGGCCGAUGCCAGCCAGUGUAGCUGGCUCGGGCUGACCACCCUGAGCAUGGACCACCCGCUGAAGGUCCGCUACCACAUGAGCUUCGUGCCGACGGCGCACGUCACCCCCGGGCCGUCGUCGGCCCUGCCGCCGGACCUGAUCGAGUGGUACCGCCUGCAAAGCGAGGCCAUCGAGCAGUCCCUGGAGCAAGAGGGCAUGCUGGCCAGCGCCAUGCGCCGGGCCCUGGUGGAGCCCAUUCGCGCGGCCGUCAACAUGGUCCUGGCCCGGUCCCAGAAGCUCAGCAAAACCGCCCUGCUGAAGAUGGCCUUCCGCUUCCCGGGGCUCAUGGGCCGCGUGGCUGGCUACACCACCGACACCACGGCCCUCAUGCGUCAGGUGCUGAGCAUCUUGCAAAGCUCGAUCCUGUCGGAUGGCGGCCUGCUCGGGCAGCUCCGGUCCCUGGGGGACGAUGGCCCGGCGGCGUAUGGGCACCUCCGGCCGGGGUCCUUCGUGGGCACCGGGCCGACCCCGGUGUCGCCCUCUUCCGGGCCUGCCUCCUCGGCUUCGCAGCCCGGGUCGGCCACCGGGCCGCGGACUCCCCGGGCCGGGGGCGGCCAUGCGCGCCUCUUCGCGGCCGAGCCCCUGGCCGAGGAUUAUGCCAGUGCCCCGCCCGGGCAGCACCUGGAGGCCGACCGUCGCGAUGCCUGGGGCGUGCUGGAUGAGUGGGACCGCAGUGACUAUGAGCUGGCCGCCGGGUCGCAGUGGGUCCAGGUGUCGGCCUCCGGCGCUCGGUUGCUCAUCCGCCACGAGGUGGUCAAUGCCAUCAUCGCCUUCUUCCUGAUCGCCGAUGACGCGGUCUAUCGCUCCCUCGGGUCCCUGUACUCGGUGAAGGUCUUCCCGAACGUCAUCCAUGUGACCCUUGAGGCGUUGGACAGCCCGAUCAUCGCCUUCCCCACCGAGUACUCGGUGCUGCACCAUACGCCGGUCAUUCUCCUGGCGCCGGACACCGUGCGCAUUUCCACCACCGCCUGUGCCCGGGGGAAGAUCGGCGAUGCCCUGCGCCUGCACCUGCCGCCGCCACUGUACUCGACCAUCCUCCUGCAGCAGGGCCUCCAGCGCCUGGUGGACCAGGGGGCCCACCAGCGGCCGUUGAGUGCCACCGACGGCUUGGCCAGCCUGCCGAUGGACUUCAUCCGCCAUGUCCUGUGGCCGCUCUUCUAUGACACCUAUCGCCUGGACAUCCUCAACUCGCUGGUCUACCUGUCGCCCUGUUCGCGGCGGGCCUUGCGCACGCUCUUCGUCCUGCCGGGCGAGCCGCGCAUCACCUUCCCCGGGGGCGGGCUGGCCCCGGCCCCGGCCCCGGCUCCGGCCCCGGUGCCGGGGCCGGCCGCCAGUGCCGGCAUCAGCUCCGGCCCCGGCGCCGGGGCCCGGUCGAAGACCGUGCUUUUUGGCUUUGUCCCCUGUGUGCGCCUGGAAAUCUCCAUCAGCUGCGUGCUCUUCGAGCAGCCGCCCCUCACGAAGGCCUUCCUGGAUUAUGGCCAACCGCGCCCGGGGCAAAGCAUCACCACGCAGAACCUGGCCCGGAUGUCCCGCGUCGGGGUGCUCGACUCCGAGGCGGCCACCGUGCAUGGCCCGCCAGGCCCGGCCUCCGGUCACCCGCCGGGGCCCGAUGGGUGGGCCGCCCCCGAGGCCGAGGCCGAGGCCGGGGUCACUCCGCCCGCCAAGCCCGGCCCGGGCGAGGAAGACCCCCGCGGCCCGCUUGGGCAGCAGCUUGAGCGCCCGGGCUGGGUGCCGCCGCCGCCGCACAUCUUCGCCCGGUCGCCGGGGAUCUUUGUGUCGCUGUCGCUGCUGGGCCAAUCGCACCCGGUGGUGCCGGCCGAUGCGCACAUGGCCCCGAGCCUGCCCGGACUCCUGUCGGAGUCGGUGCGCGCCUCGCCGAUCCCGGUGUCCCCCAUCCAAUCGAUCCCCCUGACGCCGGAGCAGAUCGCCAAGCUGCCGGCCAAUGUGCGGGAGAGCCUCUUCGCGCGGACGGCGUCGGCCGCGACCGGGCCGCGGACGGCACCGGCCCCGGGGCCCGGCUCGACCGGCGCCGCCCCGGCCGUGGGCCCGGGACCGGGCGUGCCGAUGACCCCGGCGGCCAUGCGGAGCCCGGGCCCCCCGGGCGAGGCCGACCGAGUGGCCCCCUCGGGCAAGGGCCAGCGCCUGGUGUUCCACCUGUCCCCGGCCACCAUUGCCUCGUGCAUUCGCGUGGCCGACUCCCUCCGGCAGAUCCUCAAUGCCAGCGGCGACCUGGCCGGGCAGGAGCCCCCCUCGCCGACGUUGGCCCUGGCGGCCGGCGGCUUUGCGCCGGGCGACACGGCCCCGGCCGGCUCGAUGGGCCCCGGGCCCGGGGCGGCGGCCCCGCCGGCCGGACCGCCGACCAAGGCGCCCCAGCCGGACGCCGCCUUCGAGGAGGCCUUCUUCUGCAGCCUCAGCGGCUUCCUGGAGAGCGCGUGCGCCGCCUGCCAGGACAUCCGCCGGACGGUCCCCUGGCUGAGCGAGCGCCUGGGGGCCGGGUGCGCCGCCGGUGGCCCGGGCCCCGGGGAUGCCGGUGACGAGGGGCAUGGCCUGUCGCCCGGGUCGUGGUAUUCCGGGCUGCAGGGCAGCCCGGAUCCCACGGGGGCCCGGUCGCCGGGGUGCGUGUCCCCGCCGGAUGUCACCCCGCCGGACCUGGAGGACCCGCUGGCCCUGCGGCAGUAUCUGCGUCAGCAGCAGCUGGCCCACGGUCUGAAUGUCCCCCUGGAGGAGCAGGUCCUGCCGCCGGGGCCGGGGCUUGGCCGCACGGCCGGGCCCCGGCAACCGGCCGGCCGGCUGCGGGCCAUCCUCGACCAGGCGGACCCGCUGUUCGAGUCCGACACCCUGGAGGACCUCCUGCAGGCCGCCCCCGGGGCCGAGACACCCGGCACCCGGGGGGGCGGCCUGCCGGCCGGGGCCGCCGCGCCCCCGGGGUCGGUGUCCCCCCCGCCGGCCAGUCGAUCGGCCAGCGACUCGGACGGGCUCCUUGCCCCGGCCAUCGGCGAGCAGGGCAUCACCGCCAGUGCCAGCCUGCUGGAGCUGGCCGGGCGGCCGGUUCUCCCGGGCGGCAGCCCCCCGGCCUGGGGCCGGUCCCCCCCCGGGGGGGUGUCUGCCCAGCCGCCGGGGCUUGGACCGGCCGGGCUCGGCCCCUCGCCGGGGGCCCAGCCGCCGGGGCCGAUGCCCGACCGGCCCGGGCCGCCGGCUGGACGUCGGCCCGGGGCCACCCCGCCGGCCCCGGCCCGGGAGAUUGCCUUCUGGAUUAAUCGCGAGCCGGAUGCCGGCUUGGCGGCCGUGAAGCCGGCGCAAAGGCUCCCGGGCCGGCGCCGGCCGGUGCCCCUGGCCGACGUGGUGGCCGCCGCCAUGGCGGCCGAGGACAAGGCCGACCCGGCUGCCGGGGCCAAGUCCCCGGCUUUGUUGCGGCCCGGGCCCGGCAUCGCGGCCCGGGACUUCAGCCAGGAGUUGGAGCGGCUGCAUGACGAUGCGGCCGCCCUGGCCGGGGACCCGGGGCCGUGUGCCGGGGCCGACACCCGCCGACACCGGCACACCCGGUCGCCGGACGGGCGGCCGCCAUCGCCGCCGGGGGGGGAGGCCCCGGCCGCCGGUGGCCCCCUCCCCCGGGCCCAGUCGCCGCCGCUGGAGGCCGACAUCCGCCAGGCAUACUGGCUGCGGGCCCAGCGACUGGCCGGGCUGCCGGAGCUCCACCGCCGGCCGGCCGACAUCGCCUUCGGCCCGCGGGCCCUGUCGGACGAUGGGCUGGCCGGGCGCGCGGCCCCGGGCUUCGAUGGGAAUGCGCGCGAUGAGCGCCAAGCGGUCGGGGAGUUUGCCCUGGCCCGGGAGGCCCUGGUGGAGAUCCUGCGCAAUGCCACGGCCGGAGCCGGCGGCCAGCGCGGCCUGGUGGGCUUCUGCACGGAGCACGCCCGGGCGGCCGAGCGCUCGGCCGCCGACCCCUUUGCCCCCUGCCCCGGGUGUGGGUUUGUCCCGCCCGGGCAGCAGAACGAAAUGAUCGCCCCCUUUGCGCCGUUGCAGUGGUCGCGCCCGGCCGCGGAGCCGGGCCGCGGCGGGGCCAUCCGCCGGCCCAUGUUCGGCAUCAGCCUCCUGGUGGAGGAUAUCUCCGUGCAGGCCUGGCACCCGCGGUGCGUCCUGGCCAAGGUGGCGGCCGACCCGGCCGCCUGCGUGCCCGCGCCCCUCCCGGAGCCGCUGCUGCCCGCCCUGCCCUGGUUCUGA